AUGCCAUUACUACGUCGUCGUGCUGCUGCCAGCGACGCUGAAAUGCGACGGCAUAGCUUCUUUCCCACCGAUUCCAAUACUCUAAAUCCAAUUCUCGAUGCCGACCUUCCAGAUGGCAGAGUGAGUGAACAAAUCCCACGACGACCUUCACCUAGAGAUUUUCAAUCGUCCACAGAACCAGGAACACUUGGACCGAUAUUCGUGCCGAAGAGACCUUCCACGGAUUAUCCUACAGCACUCCAGCGGUCGGGGUCACCACCGAUACAGGAGGAAACAUCGAAACAUCGUCGCUUCUCUAUGUUAAGGUUUCGACAUGCUUCCGAUUCACAAUUAUCUACUAGGUCGCGGCUACAAGCUCAUAAUGCUUCAAUAGCUGAAGAUGUUCCUCCGAUACCUCAGCAGCGCAAGUCCCCAGAGAUUAUCACCACUGCUCCGACGAUGGAUUUCAAUGGCGGACGCCCAAUGAAGAAAAAGUCGCGCGUUAGACUUCCUGGGCGUACCAAAACGUUUGUGGCGGGGCCACAAGAGCAACCACCACGGCAACAAGAAGAUAAAUUGAACGUUGAACAGCUCUCGAAAAAGGAACGAAGGAAAACAAUGUCGGAAUCAGGCCCUUCGAGCAGUAAAAAUCGCGUUACUUUCGACGAACCAGAUCGGCCAGUGACGCAUAGCAACGGUGGUUCCCCUCCUGCAUAUGGAGAUGAAGUAACCUCGGCUUUGGCUUUACCAGUGAACAGACUUUCUGAAUCUUCACGAUCAGACGCAAGCUCCGGUGAUCAUGGAGUAUAUGCAACGACCACUACUACCACACAUACUGUGCAAACAACCACAACUUUCUUCCGUCUUCCUCGUAGGAAAAAGCCCACCCCAUUUUUCGAUCUGAGCCACCUUCCACAAAAGUCCGCGCAGAACGAUGCAUCACAUUCGCUUUCUGUUACGAAAUACCCCACGGCUCCUCAAUCCGACCCUGCUGCAGCAAGGGCUCUAACUCCAAAGUCUUCGGAAGACAUGACACCACAAGGUUGUCAGACCCCUUCGUCCCCCAGCGCUUUGAUGAAGAUAUCGUCUAGUCUAGGUCGGCCGGGUUCCCCCAUAUUGCGGCAGGGUUCCACUGCGUCAUCUUCGAGAUCUUCACCUACUCGUUCCAGAUUAACAUUGCGUGGUCGUUCAUCCACUUUAAGCUCUUUGAGGAAUGCGCCAAAUGAAGAUGCUUUAGCUACCCCUACCUUACCAUCGACCAGGACAUCUACAUCCACCGGCAGGAAGAGUUUUGGUGAUCUGUUUAAUCUCACAUCGCGAUUACGCCAGAAUCCCUCCGAAUUACCAAUUAAUUCAGGUCCUACCACUCCUGGAUCCAAUACUUCGAAAAACAAUUCUAUGCAAUUGGCCAGAGAAGAGCCUAUAAUUCUGCCAGAACGAUUUGAUGAUGACACACCAGCUAAUUAUUUGGUCAGGCUUGAAGAGGCUGUUAGCAGAGGUGUUGUAGCUAGUGUUCUGUCGAAAGGGACGGACCCCUUCUCUCAGGCUGUGCUUCGUAGCUACAUGAGAGGGUUUGGCUUCUUUGGAGAUCCGAUGGACAUGGCCAUUCGGAAGUUACUCAUGGAAGUUGAGCUUCCAAAGGAGACCCAGCAGAUCGAUAGAUGCUUGCAAGGUUUUGCUAACAGAUAUCAUGAAUGCAAUCCUGGCAUCUAUGCAUCUCCCGAUCAAGCUUACUUUAUUGCCUUCUCACUUCUCAUUCUACACACCGAUGUGUUCAACAAGAACAACAAGCAUAAAAUGACAAAGGCAGACUACAUCAAGAACACCCACGGUGAAGGAAUCUUUGACGAAAUUCUGGAGUGCUUUUAUGAUAACAUUUCAUACACACCCUUUAUUCACGUGGAGGACGACCUUGAUAUUAAUGGCGAAAGGAUCAUACCUUACAAAAUGAAGAAGAAGUCGAAGAUCCUUCGUGGCGGUGGAGAUCCUACAAAACGUCCCUCGAGGGAACCGGUCGACCCUUAUACUCUAAUUCUUGAUAGCAAACUUGAUACGUUGCGUCCAAAUCUCAAGGAUGUUAUGCAUCUUGAGGAACAUUACAGUUACCUUGGCACUGCGCCAUUCUUGAAUCUACAGAACUUGCAGAAAACGUUCUUCAAGACCGGCGUAUUGCAGAUCGUUUCGGCCAGAUCACGACCAGAUGCUUUCAUGUCCGAGAAAACUGUCACAAAUCCCGAGGAAGCACAAGCUGGUAUUGUGGAUAUCAAAAUAACCAAGGUUGGUUUGCUCUGGCGAAAGGAUCCGAAGAAGAAGAAAACUCGUUCUCCGUGGCAAGAGUGGGGAGCCAUUCUCACUGGAGCUCAACUCUAUUUUUUCCGGAACACUACUUGGAUCAAAAGCUUGAUACAUCAACACGAAACACAUAUCAAACAAGGCCACGAUGGUAGCCCUGUAAUUUUCAAGCCUCCAUUGGAACAAUUCAAACCUGACGCAUUGAUGUCGACUGAUGAUGCAGUGGCUCUUGUAGACUCUACUUACAAGAAACACAAGCACGCUUUUGUCUUCGUUCGCCAUGGAGGAUUCGAGGAAACCUUCUUAGCCGAUAAUGAGGAUGAGAUGAAUGAUUGGCUUGCUAAGCUCAACUAUGCUGCAGCAUUCAGAACCGCUGGGGUUCGUAUGCGUGGAGUGGUUGGGGGUAACUACGAAGGUCAGCGUAAUCGAGGCAUUCGCCGGCUAGAAAGCCAAAACGACUCCACAAAAUCUAUUCAAACGCCUUCUGGGGAAGUCACCAUAGUCAGUGGGAAGAUUGAUAACAAGAUGCAGGACGAUAUUUUGGCCGCACGUCGCCAAAUUAUGCUGCAAAAAAUAGCCGAAUCUGAAGACAAGCUUGCCACUGCAGUGAAACAGCUAGAUUCACAACUGCAGAAUGCUCGCCAUCUACAGAUUCUAGCUCCAGUCCAACCAAAGACAAGAGAGCAAGUUUUGUCGGCUGCAGCUCGUAUGGCUGCUCAGUUGAAGUGGGUUAGAAUGGAAAUUUGGCGCUUGAAAUGUCAUCGGGACAUUUUGAUUUUGGAUUUGGAUGAAGAAAAGAGCAUCGAUGGAGGUAUUUUGCAAAAGGCGGAGUCUAAUGGAGAUACACCAAUGUCGGCACGAUCUGCGCUUAAUCGUUUACAAUCCAAGGCAAGUAGUUUAGAACCACCCAGCGCCCCAAAAUCACCUACUUCAGAUUCCACAACUCGACCUUCUACGUCUGGUCAAUCGUUUUUGCCGCCCGAUAAGGAGACUACGAUGGUAGACAUCUUUCAAACGACACCGAGCUCGAAGCAUAAAGCUCAAGCCUCCUGGGAACUUUCGCCUUUGGGUUUCGACGAACAGUCUCCACGUAAGCCUUCGGUCUCCAGUGUAGUACCUUUGAGCCCAAGUCUCGCCCUCAAGCCAUCUCGAUCUAGCUUGAAGCAAGCUCCAGUCUCGAGUUCUAAACCUUCGGAUGAUCCAAAUCUUGAUGCUGCAGAGCAAUCUGUUCUUGAACAGACUGGAUUGGUUGAUGCAGAUGUGGCGAUUGAUGAGAUUAAAGAUCAGUCGACUGACAAAGGCAAGAUUCGUCGCAGUAUACAUCGAACCCUGCGUGAGGCCCAUGUUCCAACACAUCAUCGAAGCCGCAAAGGCAAAGACUCGAAUUCUAGUGCGGGUAUGUCCGACGAAGGUACUGCAGAUGAUAUACUUUCUCGUGGUUCUGGAAGCUUUGUCGUACACGGCAAAAAGGCUUCGGUCAUCACAUUCGGGACAGAACUGCAAAGUAUGUCAACAGAGGAACGUUUGCGUCUCCGUAAGCAGCCGCACAAGGGAGACUCUGAAGCAGUAUCUCCUGCCACUAUCGACGACGACUUUCACUCGAUACUCGCUGAGCCGGUGGAAUUUCGCCAACGCCAUAACUCGACUGCCAGUACCAGCACAGCAACUGCCAGGAGCUUCCGGGAACUACAUAGGAAAUAUUCUGCGCAAACUCCAGGAGUGCCUCCAAACCUUAUUGUCAAUGUAGAUGACGAUAGCGAAGCUGCAGUAAGCAUAUCUGAAGGUCGACGAAGUCCAUUGCCCCCCGUUGAAGACGAGAACGAGGACGAAUACUCGAGCAGUAAUGAUAAAACCAAAUUCUACACGCCCGAGCCAUCACCACGUGGGCUUGAGUUCGAUGAGGAAUCACUGGUUGAGCCAAAUCAACAUCACGGGAAUGGUCAUAUCGAUUCAAAUGAGUGA